CAUCGAAACAGCUAGAAAAUCGUAACAAAUCUAAUAUAGGAGUGAACCUUCACAUCUGGACUGCUGUUUGGUUGCCAUCCUGAGACUCAACAUCCGAAAAAAGGACAAAAAACAGAAUUGAGUGUAAGUAGAACAAGAAAGAAUAAAGGAUUCAGGUUUUGAUUUAAGUUUUAUUUUUUUUGAGCGAUCUAAACCAUGGACUGGAAGACGUUGCAGGCCCUGCUCAGCGGGGUAAACAAGUACUCGACGGCGUUCGGCCGCAUUUGGCUCUCGGUGGUGUUCGUUUUCCGUGUCAUGGUGUACGUGGUGGCAGCCGAGCGAGUGUGGGGCGACGAGCAGAAGGACUUCGACUGCAACACCAAGCAGCCGGGCUGCGCCAACGUCUGCUACGACUUCUUCUUCCCCAUGUCGCACAUCCGUCUCUGGGCGCUGCAGCUCAUCUUCGUGACGUGCCCGUCGCUCCUGGUGGUCAUGCACGUCAAGUACAGGGAGGAGCGCGAGCGCAAGUACCGGACCAAGCACGGCGCCGACGCCAAGCUCUACAACAACACGGGUAAGAAACACGGCGGCCUCUGGUGGACCUACCUGCUCAGCCUUUUCGCCAAGACGGGCAUCGAAAUCGCCUUCCUGUAUGUCCUGCACCACAUUUACAACAGUUUCCAUCUUCCACGACUGGUCAAGUGCGAGAUCUUCCCCUGCCCCAACAUAGUGGACUGCUACAUUGGCCGGCCCACCGAAAAGAAGCUCUUCACCUACUUCAUGGUGGGCGCCUCAGCGCUCUGCAUCGUUCUAAGCAUCUGCGAAAUCAUCUACCUGGUGGGCAAGCGCAUCACAGCCACGGCCAGGAGAAUGAAGGUGCGUCGGGAGAUGCCGGUCCUGCAGUACCCGGACCAGGACAGCAACUGUACCUUAGCCCUGCAGGAUCUAGAGCACAAACCACUGUACAAACCCAAGACCCCAACGAAGUCCAACCUUCACGCUGUAGACCAGAAGGCCAACGUUUUCAUGAGGGCGUCCGCUCCGAACCUUAGUGUGGCCUAAGGUGGAGAAUCACCUUCUCUUAGAUUCAGAAAAAUAUAUUCAUAGACUCUUAUUUUUUUAUGUUUUGAGGCGUUGGAUUUACAGAACAACUUAUAAUUAAUCUAAGCUUCAAGUCUUGGUGUAUAAACCGAGCAAAACAACCUCAGGCGGUCGGACCAUGAGGUCCCACAAGACAGCAGGUCAAGUCAGCAUCCUGAACUUGAUUCAGUAGACCAGUGAAGGUGGUGUUUGUGCCAAACCGGAUCAAACCAUUGUUUAUUAAAUACUUGGACACUGGUGUAAAACACUUUUAUGUGGUUCCUCAGGUCAGGAUGUCUGUGGUCUUCUUACUAUACUGUGUCCACAAAAAGAGAGCAAAUAAGACUGGUCCUCAAGUCAGGACUAAGUGGUCCAUCUACACCUAAAGUACAAGGUGUAUAAAGCACGUCCUCCAGGACUACUGGGACCAACAAACCAUUCCUAUUAAAAAUGAAAAGGCGUUAAGGUGGAGCUGAAAUUCCUUUUUCUAAAAAAGAUGGUCGUUUCUUUAGGUCACAACUACAGGACACACCUGCAUCUAAACGACAAUGCUGGCGAUAAACCUUUAUUCAAGAACAAUAGAGUCACCACUCACUCGAUGACUAAAGGACACCAGUGACAUCAAGCAGGACGAGCAAAACCUUUUAAUGCAAGUUGGGAUUUGUUGAACAAGCCUUAAAAAGCCAGUUCACACCUUCCAGCUUCAAUAGAACUUUAGUUCAGCUUAGUGAAUGUUCAUGACACCAACGAUGAUGAAUACUGAGGAAUUUGGACCUUGUACGUGUGGAGAAAUGUCUUCAAGGUUUCACUACAAACUGACUUACUGCUGCUGGCCAUAAAAAAAACCUGAAGACCGUUUAUUUACACAGUUACUCAAUUAUUCCUAUGAGGAACUGAUUGAUUGAUUGAUUGAUUGAGGGAACAUUUUCUCACAGAUUUAUAGAAAAAUGAGUAAUAGAUUGGCCACUUAUACCCAGCACGGCCCUAAAAAGGAUAAAUCUGUAGUAAACAGACAAUAAAUGAAUAACUAAACCCACAUUUAAUAUAGAACUAUUAUUAAAGCACUUAGAAAAUGUCAAAUAGGUUUAAAUUAAAGCUGCAAUAUGUU